AUGGGUAUUCGCCCGAUUCCAGGUCGCCUAUGUCAGGUUUGUUCUGGUGACGGGAAGAGACGUUUGUUUGCGAUAGAGCAGGUCUAUCCUGGUACUCGUUUUGAUAAGUAUGCCAUUCUCGGUGAUGAUAUUGUCAUCACUGAUAAUUCAGUUUAUCAGAAGUACAUGUCAGUUGUCACCAGUUUAGGUGUUGAGAUUUCUAAGCAGAAGUCUUUGACAUCCCGGACUGGUGCUGCUGAGUUUGCCAAACGCUUUCGGUUGAAAGGAUUGACAGUUGAUGUCUCUCCAGUUUCAAUCCGUCAGCUGGCCGCCUCACGAGACCUUUUUAAAAGCAAAUGGUAUUCUUAUUAA